CAGGGUUACCGCGCCCAUCUCCGUCUGAUGGCCGGAUGAGAGGUGAACUCAACUGGAGAGAAGUGCUCCUUCAAGGAAGGCAACGGGAAGUGGCCACCGACGGACUUAUUCUUUGUCAAAAGUCUCUAAUCGGACAUUUAUGACUGCCGUUUUUCAUCGCAGUUGAGAUCCCCCUCAAACAGGCUCAUUCCCCGCCCGCUGGAGCGAGUUUUGUCGCUGUGGAAGUGGAUUCGGUACUUCUCCCACUGCUAGUUAGCGAGCUAGCUCGUCUUGUUCGUUGAUGCGUGGAUUUGACAGCCACACCAUCGUUUAUUUCGGUCAAUGCCAUAUAAACAAAGGCCAUUUACGACUGAGAACAGAUCAGAACGUGUCCCGGCAGUAGGAGUGAGGCAGAGCUUUAGAAGAGGAAAAUGAGUGAACUGGACCAGUUACGCCAGGAGGCUGAGCAGCUGAAGAACCAGAUUAGAGAUGCAAGGAAAGCUUGUGCAGAUGCCACACUAUCACAGAUCACAGCCAACAUCGACCCUGUUGGCCGAAUCCAGAUGCGCACAAGAAGAACACUGCGGGGGCAUUUGGCUAAAAUCUAUGCCAUGCACUGGGGCACCGAUUCCAGGCUGCUUGUCAGUGCCUCCCAGGAUGGAAAACUCAUUAUUUGGGACAGUUAUACUACAAAUAAGGUCCACGCCAUUCCUCUGCGCUCCUCCUGGGUGAUGACCUGUGCCUACGCUCCUUCAGGGAAUUACGUUGCUUGUGGAGGCCUAGACAACAUCUGCUCCAUCUACAGCCUCAAGACUCGCGAGGGGAACGUACGCGUCAGCCGCGAGCUGGCCGGACACACAGGAUACCUCUCUUGCUGCCGCUUCGUUGAUGACAACCAGAUUGUUACAAGUUCUGGCGACACCACCUGUGCUCUCUGGGACAUAGAGACCGGUCAGCAGACGACCACGUUUGCGGGUCACACCGGUGACGUGAUGAGCCUGUCUCUGGCUCCAGACACCAGGCUGUUCGUGUCAGGGGCCUGUGAUGCCUCUGCUAAACUCUGGGACGUCCGUGAGGGCAUGUGCAGACAGACCUUCACUGGCCACGAGUCGGACAUCAACGCCAUCUGUUUCUUCCCCAAUGGCAACGCAUUUGCCACCGGUUCUGACGACGCCACCUGCCGCCUGUUUGACCUGCGCGCCGACCAGGAGCUCAUGGUCUACUCUCACGACAACAUCAUCUGUGGCAUAACCUCCGUGGCCUUCUCAAAGAGCGGCCGCCUGUUGCUCGCCGGCUACGACGACUUCAACUGCAACGUGUGGGACACCCUCAAGGCCGACCGCGCUGGUGUGCUGGCCGGCCACGACAACCGAGUAAGCUGUCUGGGUGUAACCGAUGACGGGAUGGCAGUGGCUACAGGGUCUUGGGACAGCUUCCUCAAGAUCUGGAACUGAACGUGAAGGUGCUUUCAAUACAACAUGUCCAAUACAAUAUCAUUUGAACUCCAAAGUUGACUGGAAGACCAUUCCAACUUUAGAAUGUUAAAUUUCACAGCAUCGUCAACAACAAAACACCUUAUAAAACUGACUGACACCACCAUGAAAAGAAAUAAAACUUCUAAGGGAAAACAAUCCCUUUCCUACACCAAGAAGAGCACAAUUUGUUUUAUCACCCAGCUUAAAAAAAGAAAAAAGAAAAAAAAAAUGAAGAAGAUUUCCUGUGGUAUCAAAUGAAUAACUUGCAUUCCCUCUCGGACCAUUCUGUGUCACCCUGUAAGAGAAAACACAAAACACUAUCAUCCCACGCUUAUGUAUCAUGUGUCUAGAAAGCAAAUGUUGGAGUGUAAUUGUACAAAUUAUUUAACUCUUUUUUUUUUUUUUUUUUUUUAUUCCUUUUAUCUGAUAGUUCAUCUUCUAGAUCUUUUUCCCGCCUGUUUUUUCUGUUUAGAUAUGUUUCUGAUUAGUAAAAUCUUUUAAUCCUGUUAUUAUAAAACCAUGUGAAAACGACAUGAAAGUCAUGUAAAAUGCUGAAACUAGACCAGGAUGGAAGAGCAGCCUUUUUUUUUUUUUUGAAGAUGCCAAUCAUGUGUUUUGUUAUUUUCAUGUGCACUAGGUUGCUUUACAGGUUGUCUAGUUUUCAUGAACGUGACUCGAGCGAGAGGAAAGCUUAAUAAUCAUAUUCUUGGGCGGCCCCAGACAGCGUUCACCUCUAAUCUGUUCCGAUUGUCAACGGUCGCUGGGCUACUGCCGAUCACCGGCGAAUAAGAGCAGCCCUAGCUUUCCAAAACUGUAAUCAUGAUCUGUGCAUUAGUUAUCUUUCAGUGUGAAUCCUGGUCCUUUUGUCAUUAAAGAAAAAAGAAAA